AUGUCAGUUUUACACUUAUAUAUACUAUAUCGUACACGUUCUUAUCUAUUAUCUUACUUGAGAUCUUUCCUGUACGACGUUCUUAUCUAAUAACUUAUUUAAAAUUCAAUAAGAAAUCAAGAUAAAUAAUACUAUUUUGUGUUAUCUCUGUCAUGAAUUAAUAAAAUAAUAUUUCUAUUAUUUAAUUGACAAUUAAUUAUUGUAAACAAAAAGAGAUAUAAAACAUGGAAAGUUUCCCACCGCAGAAAUAUGUCAAUAAAAUAGAAACUUUUGAUACGUGUAUGAUUGAAGCUACAAAUCAGCAAGAAAUCAAUCAAUCAGUAGGUGCACAAACCCCUAUGCAAACUGUACAAGUAAAAAAUCAAGAUAAUCAUGAAUCAUCAACACUGCACCAACAACAACAACAACAACAGCAACAACAACUGCAACAGGAUCAAAAUCAAAUCACUCAAAUUCAAUCAAAUAUUCAGCAAAAUAUGACACUUACUCCAAUUCGCUUACCUGCUAUUUUAGAUGGUGAAUUCUUUACAGUAAUUAGAGUAGAAGACACUAAUGUUACAGUUAGAUGUUUACAGUGUCAAAAAUUACUUAAUGGAAAUUUGAAAUCUACUGGAAACUUUUUAAGUCAUAUAAAAAGACUCCAUCCACUCAUGAUAGAAAAAAUCAAAUGUAAAUCUAACCAAAGGAAACCUGCAAUGGUAUAUAUUGAUUUAUCCUCUGAUAAAUAUGCAGAAAUCAUAAGAACAAAAAGAAGAUACAGAAAAUACUAUAAACCAGAGGAAUGUCAACCUGGUAAUGAAGAAUUGUAUGAACAAUCAACGGAAUGGACUGAUCAAACUCCAGUCAUUCGAAGACGAAAAUCAGAAGAACCUGAAUCUAACGAUUUUUUGAAAAUACCACAUAAUAAUUCCAUUGUUAUGGAAGAUGAAUUUGAUGCAAUUGGUCGAAAUGUAGCAGCAAAACUUAGAAAUAUGCGUUUAGACCAAAGAAUAAUAGCUGAAAAGUUAUUAAGUGAUAUUUUGUUUGAAGCUCAACUUGGUAAUCUUCACAGAGAUUCUAACAUACACGUAUAAGAGAAUUAUUUUAUAAUAUAUAUUUUCUAUAAGUGAACUGAAUUAUAAAUAUACUUUAAUAAAUAUAAAAAGAAUAUAUUUUUAAUAAAUUUGAAUAGGAGCUUUAAAAGUUUUAAAGUCCAAAUAUUCAAGAACUUUUAAAGCACCAAGUAUACACAAUAUACAUUGGAAGAAGUAGAAAUUUUAAUAAUUAUAAAAAAGGAAUAUAAAUAUAUCUAUAGCUGUCAGUGUAUAUAAUAUAUAAUAUUGUAAAUAUUAUCAUAUAUUGUAUGCUUAUCAUUAAGCAAAAAAAUUGCUGCCAGAUAUAGUAACUAUUUAUAAGUCUUUUUUUAGA